AUGGAUUUGAUUGACACAGUUGCGCGGCUGAGGCAGGACAAGGCGGAGAAAGAAAGACCAAUCAUCUUUGUCUGUCACUCGCUUGGUGGAAUCGUAGUGAAGCAGGCUCUGAUCCACGCAACGCUACGCUCGGAACUCUAUGGAGCUAUUGUCAGGAAUACGAUCGGCUUGAUGUUCUUUGGCACACCUCAGGGUGGCGGGAAUCGAGCUGCUGCCGCCGAGAAAGUCUCCAGCAUCAUGAGCGUAUUCACUGGAGAACCACGAAAUUCAUUAUUGUCCACGCUCAAAAAAGGCUCAUUAUAUAACGAAGCGACCUCGGAUGACUUCAAUCCUCAGUUAGGAGCGUUCAAGGUAGUGAGCUUUUUCGAGGAGAAGAAGACGUCCUGGAAAGUGAAGAGAUUUGCAAUACUACCUCAAGUCAUAAGUAUGAUCGUUGUUGAUCGACAUUCGGCUAAACUUGGUAGCCCUGGAGAAGUUGUACUAGGAAUGGAUGCGGAUCAUAACAACAUAUGCAAAUUUUCCGGCGACGAAGACGAUCUCAGCAAACUCGAGAAGGUGAUAUACCAUCUUAGUCGGAUCGCUUCGACAUUAUCACUUCCGAAGCCAACGACCGGACAUAGGACGAACCCCGAUCUACCUCGAAAAAUCAUCGAACACUUCCAGUCGCUAUCUUCGAUGUCGGUCGAACAGCAUUUGUACGAAGUCCAGACUGCCCAAGGAAACACGUUCCAGUGGAUAAAAGACAAUGUCGCUUUUCAGAUUACAGAGAAGUCGACCAUGCCUAUUAUAUUUCAUAUAACCGGGAAGCCAGGCUCAGGAAAGACUGUCCUUUCAAAGUUGAUGUAUCGCAUCCUGUCAGUUGCUCAAAACGACUGCUAUAUACUCUUCUUCGCUUUUAACGAUCGCGAUAGUGGUAGGCGGAGUCCGAUUCACUUAAUGGCCUCUCUUGUUGCACAGACCUUGGCGAGAAUAGAGUUGCCCGGGGCUGUGCUCGACUCUAUCAUCGGGUCCGACGGCAAAUUCAACACCAAGGUCUGGAACGAAAGGGAAUUCAAGAAGACGCUUUUCCUUUUUGAGAUCAUUCUACAGGCAUUGCCAGUCAGUAAGAAGUUUGUCAUCUUGGUAGACGCGUUGGAUGAGUGUGUUGCCAACGAAGAGCGUCGAAGCAUGCUGCAUACGUUCGGAAAGAUAGCCUCCAUGCAUCAAGAUCGCCUACCCCGUGUCAAUUUCGUUUUCACCAGCCGGCCGUACUCAAAUAUCGACUUUGGCGUAACGAGAACAUUUGUGCUCGACCUUAAUUCGGAAGAUUCCAUGGAUCAUGAUCUGGAAGCAUACAUAGUGGAUAGUGUGGGGUUUCUGAUCGCAGAACGCCCAGGAUUAGCCAGGUAUGAGGAGAAAAUCCUUUCCAAGCUACGGGAUCGCGCAGAGAAGAUGUAUCUCCUGAUCGAAUUGUUGCUUGACAUGAUCCGACGUCACCACGAUUCAUCACCAGGUUCGAUUGAAGGCCUACUCAAGAAGUUACCUGAAAAUUUGUCGGCGAUCUACAUGAAAUUGUGGUCUGAAAUCCCAGAAGAACACAAGGGCCGUGCAAAACUGAUAUUCUCCUGGGUGCUCUGCUCUUUCAGGCCUUUGACCGUGAAAGAACUUGGCCUUGGUCUGGCGAAAUUCGACAUUACUGAAGUCAAACAAGCCAUAUACAGAAGGACAAGCGCUUGGCAGGAGGAUAAUCCGCUCGAUGAGACCAGCUGUCUGGACUACUAUCUCCCCAUGGACUUAGAGGGUGAUUUGGCCAGACUAUUUGGACCUCUCGUUCACAUCGAAGGCGCAUCGGAAACAUUGAGCAACAUCACAGAUGGCUACUCUUCGUGUCGCGUUAAGCUUUGUCACCAGACAGUGAAGGAUCACUUCAUCAAUGAGCCUGGCUUCAUACAUGCUGGAGAAACACAUCUCCAGAUGGCAAAGCUCUGUGCCCGAAUUUAUGACGGUACGAUCGAGGGUGAUCCAGAUACUAAGUCUGGGUACGACAUCGACGAUAUGACCAUCGUUGGCGUUUCAUGGUCGGAAUCAAAUCCGUACUCACACUUCUGGGAAAACCACAAAGAGGCGGCUCUUGACUUCGGAAUAAUAGAAGCACGUAAGAUACGGCUGCGACGCAAGGUGGUGAAACGCUAUGCUCAAUCUCUUCGCCUCGGACGUCUACGAAUUCGCGACUCGGAUGAGGAAGAUACAGGCUCGGAUGACGAAGGCUCUACGCAUCGCUUCUAUUCCCUGCGCUAUUGCAGCUCUGAUGACGAAUAA